AUGACAUGGAGUCUAUCAACCACUUCACCUCUCUCUACUAUCGUGCUCAAGAUUGGAAAGGAUAGGGGUCAUGUACUACAUGUAUCCGGCUAUCAUAGGAAUGCUGGUGUCCUCAAAUAUGUCAAUCCCAAGAUUGGAACAUACGGAGUCACGCCUAAUGGUAACGGGGGGAUGAUUCCGAGUGUUGGCAUGCCUUUUGGGAUGACAAGAUGGACGGCUGUGACGAGAGAGAACUUCAUCUCUCAAUGUCCCUAUAACGACAUGGACACCCACAUUCACGGUUUCCAAGCAACUCACCAACCUGCCAUUUGGAUGGGAGAAAGCGGUCAAGUCCUUCUCAGCCCUGGAGUCGGAAAAGUCGAAGCGUUAUUCACGAAACGCGGGCAUAGAUUUUCUAAAGUGGAUGAGACUAGUACGCCUUAUGUUUAUGAGGUUGUCAUGGAUGCGGCUACUGUGGAAAUGGGGCACAAUCUCACGGAGAGUAUUUACAGUCCUGUGCCGGGAGGGGAGCAACCUGUGCCGGAAGACGUCAGAGAGGGAGUGGAGGGACGGGUCAGGAACGUGGAUGGAAAGACGAAAUCUGUGGAAGCAAGGUCAGAUGACAAGGUGCAAGGCGAUGGAACGAUUAAGGUGGCCAUAACUGCCACUGAGCAUGUAGGCCGGAUGCUUGUCGACUUUAAAGACGCUGAGAUGGGAGGGUCACUGCCAUAUGUCUUCAUACAAGCUACACGACAGAACUGGACUGGCGAAAUCAGAAUCGACCCUGAACUUCGGGAAGUCUAUGGGCGAAACCCGCAACGUCAAGACUAUGCACUUGGCCCAUCACCUGCUGCCAACUUCAGCGGCUACUUUGUGUCUCGCUUCUCGGCGCCUUUCCAUGCGUUUGGUAUUCAUGAGGGAGACCAAGACAAGUCCGGUCGUGUUCAUGGAAGGACAGAUCAUCUCGGAGCAUAUGUUCAAUUCAGCCAGGACCACAAGACGGUUGAAAUUCGCACUGCGGUGUCUUUUGUGAGCAUCGAACAAGCACGAUUCAACUUGGAAAGCGAGGCGCCAUCCUCCCUGUCUUUUACCCAGGCCGUGGACAACCUGAAGCAAGCCUGGCUGGAGAAGCUAGGCAGAGUCACCAUCAAGGGAUUCAAUGCGACCGAUGGCGAGCACGAUCAAAGAACAAUCUGGUACACGAGCUUAUUCCAUGCGCUGCAAUACCCACAAGACUUUUCCGAGAAAAGUUCUACAAGCGGCUUGCGCACAUUCUACAGUGGCUACACGGACAGUGUACAUUCUUCUCACGAUUCGUACUACCAAUCGUGGUCGAUCUGGGACACAUUCAGAGGCGAGCACAGUCUCCUGACAAUGUUCGCUCCCGAGCGAGUUAACUCCAUGAUACGCUCGUUGAUCCAAAUCUACGAAUGGGCCGGGCGUCUCCCAAUGUGGGCCAACAUUGUCGAAACCAACAUCAUGAUUGGCACGCACGUUGACGCAGUCAUAGCCAAUGCUUUGGUUCGCGGUUUCAACGACUUCGACAUCCAACAAGCGUGGUCCGCCGUUAAGAAAAAUGCCUUUGAGCCUCCGAUCAACGACACCUCACUGCUCUACUACGACCGAGAAGGCCACACGCCAGACGAAGUCCGAGCCGGUCUCACCACAUACAUGACCAAAGGCUACGUAGCCAAUGAUCGCUGGGCAGAAAGCGCAUCUCGCACUCUCGAUUACGCAUUCGACGACCACGCAGCCGCCAUCGUAGCAACCUAUGCCGGGGACCACCACACCGCCCAAAAACUCCACCAACGAAGUCUAAACUACCAAAACAUCUACAACCCUGCCACCGGAUUCAUGCAAGCCAAAAACGACAACGGCUCCUGGGCCAGUCCCUCACACGGCUGGACCGAAGGCGACCACUGGAUCUACACCUUCUCCGUCAUGCACGACCCCCUCGGCCUCGCAAAGCUCUUCGGCGGCCGCCUCAACAUGAAAGCCAAACUCGACACUUACUUCCAGUCAGGCCACAACGACCACUCCAACGAACCUUCUCACCACGCCCCGUAUCUCUACGCGACCAUUGGUUAUCCCCACGCCACACAAUCUCUCGUCCGCGAAAUUGCACAGCAAAAUUAUAAUUCUACGUCGGCGGGAUUAUCCGGAAAUGAGGAUUUGGGACAAAUGAGUGCGUGGUUUAUUUUUUCGGCUUUGGGCUUUUAUCCUGUGAAUCCUGCGAGUGAGGAAUAUGUUGUUGGAAGUCCGUUUUUUGACGAGGUGAGGAUUCGUUGGCCGAGGGGCGUGGAUCGGCUGGGGAAGGAAGGAAGAAAUAGUGAGGAUGAUGAGGAGGAGGAGGAACAUACGGUAAUCAUUUCUGCUCCUGGGGCUCCGACGAAACCUUUUGUCAAAGGGUUGAAAGUCGAUGGGAAGGUUGUGGAGAAGGCGGUUUUGAAACAUGGUCAGAUUGUCGGUGCGAGGAGGAUUGAAUUUGAAAUGGCCGAUACGCCGCAGGAGUGGGGGAGUUGGUAA